AUGGCAAAGUACUACUCUUCCAAAACCGACAACAAUGCCGUUGCCUACAUAAACGGUAAGGUCUUCACAAUCGACCAGACCAGGCCGUGGGCCACCGGGUUUGUGGUAUCGUGGGACGGCAUCUUCGAGGCGGUGGGCGACGACGCCGAGAUCAUGGCCGUCGCCGACGCUCGUCGCCUGGCCACCUACGACCUCGGCGGCAGGUUCGUCAUGCCGGGGAUCCACGACGCACACACGCACCUCCUGAUGGCCGGCGAAGGCAAGGUCUGGCAGACCAACAUUGGGUGGGAGUCGACCGAAAAGUCCAUCGCCUCGGACCUGGAGCGAAACAUGUGUAACUGCCGGUAUGCCCACAUCGUGGGCGACUGGGUCGUCGGCAACUUCUACCUCCCCAGCCUGUUCCCUGAGGGCAGGCCGGACCGCAAGUACCUCGACGACGUCUUCCCCACGACGCCCGUCCUGAUCCGCGAGAUGAGCGGGCACAAGGUACUUGUCAACAGCGAGGCGCUGCGCCGGAUGAACCUGGACCCCUACACGUCCCAGCCGCCGCCCGGGGGCGUGUUCGUCCGCAGGCCCGAGGACGGCGCCAUGACGGGGGAACUCUUCGAGACGGCCACGGGCGCCGCGUGGACCAAGCUGCCCAUUCCGCCGUUGGCCAUCGUCAAGGAAAGCAUCCGACGCAGCAUCAAGACCUGCCACCGGUACGGGAUCACGUCGAUCCAGGAGGCGAGCGCCAACACCUUGUAUCUGCACGCGCUGCGGGAGCUCGAGGAGGAGAACCGGCUGGACCUCGACGUGCACCCCCACAUCGUGUGCGGGAACGAGUUCUUCAGCUGCGAGACCAAGCAGAGCCUCGAGGCGCUGCUGGACGUCGCCGAGGCCUUCCGGAGCAGGCACGUCGACAGCCGCUUCGUCAAGUUCUGGCUCGACGGCUCGCCCAUCGAACCGGGCUCGACGCACUGCAGUUUGGACGACCACGGGGUGCCGGACAAGAAAUUCUUGUUCUUCGACGACGAAACUCUCCUCGAGGCCGUGCGACGGUACGACGCGCGUGGGUUCACGUGCAAGAUGCACGCGGCGGGAGAGGGGAGUGUGAGGCAGGCCUUGGACGUUUACCAGGCCGUCAGGGCCGGGAAUGCCAAUGGGCCGAGACAUGAGAUUGCACAUUCGAAUGCGAUUCAUCCUGACGAUUUCUCAAGACUCGCCGCCCUCCGCGUCACGGCUGAAAUGUCACCUUCCGUGUUCCACAUCGCGGACACGUUUGAGCAGAUCGGCCACACGUUGCGGUACGAGUUCGACCGGGUCCACCUCGCCGGGGCAAGGACGACCAUCGGCACGGAUUACCCCAUCACCAAGACCCCAAAUUUACUGCCUCCGGUGGCCGGUCUCGUGGGAAAGGUCACGGUCGACCCGAGAAGAGCGACGAGGACGGGUAGUCCUAGGGCAGAGGAAGCAGAAGAGAGCCACGACGACGGAAGCAAGACGGCGGGUGAGGUCAGUGGGCCAAUCUUGUGCUACUUGUUGACGCUAGGGGCGGCCGAAGCGCUGGGCAAGGAGAAUACGACGGGAAGCAUCGAGGUGGGCAAGAAGGCCAACUUUGUCGCCUUCAGUCACGACUUGAGCAAAGGGGAGUUCGCGGACGCGGAGGUCCUCCAGACGUGGUUCGAGGGCCGGGUGGUCUUUAGCAGAGAAGAAUUGGAAGAGGAAGCUCGAUCAUUAUGA